AUGAAGGGUUUAAUUUUAGAUGAAAAUGAAAGAGUAAUUGCAAUUGGAUUGGAAUAUUUUGAAGGAAAACGUUUAAAUAAAAUAAACCAACAAAUAAUAGAACAAAUCGAAGAUGCCAUUAGAUAUUUACAUGCAAAUAAUUAUUUUCAUGGUGAUUUGAAACCAAGUAAUAUAUCGAUUAAUAAUAAAGAUAAAAUUAAAAUGCUAGAUUUUGGAGCAUUUACAACUAAGUACAAUCCAGACUGGAUAGUCGAUAAAGAGGCUGAUUGGAUCUGCUUAAAGCUGAUUAAAAAUAUACUUGCUAAUGCUAAAUAA